CCGCGGCACGCGCCGCACCCCCGCCUCCCUCCCGCUCCGUCCUCCUAUUGGGCACGGGAACAAGGGACGCUCUCUCGGCCCCGGCUUUUCUCCUUGUUUUGUUCCCUCCGACGGUUGGGCGGUUGGGCAGUGUAAGUGUGGCUGGGGUGAAUGUUGAGGCCUUGUUUCCAGCCGGGCCCAUGGAGUCCAAAACUACUUACCUGGAAGACCUCCCACCGCUCCCUGAGUACGAACUGAGCCCAUCCAAGUUAGGCCAGGAGGUGGAUGAUGUCUAUCUCAUUCGAGCUCAGGGGCUGCCUUGGUCCUGCACUGUGGAGGAUGUUCUUAACUUUUUCUCAGACUGCAGAAUCCGCAACAAUGAAAAUGGAGUCCAUUUCCUCUUAAAUAGAGAUGGGAAACGGAGGGGUGAUGCCUUAGUUGAGAUGGAGUCCGAGCAGGACGUGCAGAAGGCCUUAGAAAAGCACCGGAUGUACAUGGGGCAGCGCUAUGUGGAAGUGUAUGAGAUAAACAAUGAAGAUGUGGAUGCCUUAAUGAAGAACCUGCAGGUCAAGUCUUCUCCUGUGGUAAAUGACGGUGUGGUUCGCUUGAGAGGACUUCCUUAUAGCUGCAACGAGAAAGACAUUGUCGACUUCUUUGCAGGACUGAACAUAGUAGACAUUACUUUUGUGAUGGACUAUAGAGGAAGAAGAAAAACAGGGGAAGCCUAUGUACAGUUUGAAGAACCAGAAAUGGCCAGCCAAGCGCUUCUAAAGCAUAGGGAAGAGAUUGGGAACAGAUACAUAGAGAUAUUCCCAAGCAGAAGAAAUGAAGUUCGAACACAUGUUGGAGCUCAUAAGGGAAAGAAAGUGGUAUCGUCAUCUCCUUCUGCUAAAUAUAUAACUGAGCCAGAAGUAGUAUUUGAGGAACAUGAAGUAAAUGAAGAUAUUCAGCCUGUGACAGCUUUUGAAAGUGAUAAAGAGAUAGAACUGCCUAAGGAGAUAUCAGAGAAACCUCCAGAGGCCGUCGACUUUGGGUCUGCACCUUCACUCCAUUUUGUCCACAUGCGGGGCUUGCCUUUCCAAGCGAAUGCCCAAGACAUUAUAAAUUUCUUUGCUCCCUUGAAGCCUGUGAGGAUCACUAUGGAGUACAGCUCUAGUGGGAAGGCCACUGGAGAAGCUGACGUGCACUUUAAGACCCAUGAAGACGCCGUAGCAGCUAUGCUCAAGGACCGGUCCCAUGUUCAACAUAGGUAUAUUGAGCUGUUCCUAAAUUCAUGUCCUAAAGGAAAAUAAGAGUUCAACAGAAUCCCAGAUGAUAAGGAUGAAGCAGGAAGCAUAUCCUUUGCACACCUCUCUUGAACAUGGGAUACAAAGAUCCAGUUGAUUGACUGUGACCGCUAGAGAAAGGAUCUGGGCAUCUGACGACAGUGCUCUGAAGGAAAAUUCACAGUGGAGUGUUUAGAUCGAGAAAGAUUCAGUUUAGGAUUAUGAAAUAAGCUACAAAUUUAAAAUUCCAUUUAAACAGUCCUGGGUCUGAUUGGAAAAGUCUGGUUUCUGUAACUUGGUUUCUGUCAUAGAGGAUAUACUGCAGUUGUAAGAUGUUUCCAUUCAAUGCUGCUCUUUAGAACCUUAUUCCUGCUUGUUUUUGCCUAUGACUGAGAGCUCUGAUAUAAAAUUUCUCAUGAAAUAAAAUAGUGGAGUAUUUAUACCAGACACUCACCAAAGCAAGGGAAGGUUUCAGAACUUUAAUAAGGCCGUGUGAUUUGGUCAAGUAGUGUUUAAUUUUGUCUGUAUUUGAUUGCCUAGGGGUAGAAAUUAAAAAAAAAAAAACAAAUUACAGGUUAUUGAGCGUAAGUGGUCACUUGGCAGUUUUGUCUUUAGAAACACUAGAAUCACUCUGCCUCCCUAAGCCUUGACCUAUAAAGGCUUUUAACGUUGGCACCUGUCUGUAUCAGAAGUUUAGGCUAAUUUAAAAUUUCACUGAGUCUCCCUUUCCUUUACCUUUUUUCUUUCUUUCCUUCUUUAUCUUUUUUUGUUUUGGUUUUGGACAAAUCAUAAGGCUGUUUGUUAGGCUUGAAAUCAUAAAGUGACAUCAAAGCAGUCCAGACUAUAAGGACAUUCACAGCUUCACUUGAUUUAAACCAGGUCUAGUUGGAAAUAAAACAAUCCGACUCUCCUCGUUUGCUUUUCCAGUGGGGUAGCCACCCCAUAUUUUAGAACAAGUAGGGGUGCCUUGCUUAAAUAAAACUAGCAUUUAAUAUAUAAUUGUGUGAAGGGUUUAUGAAUAGAGCUGUAUUUCUGUCACAUUGUGGCAGUAUCUUCUGCUUUAAUACUAAAUAGCUUGUUAUUUAAAUAUUGGACAAAAUGGCUGGCUUCAAAAAUAGUCAUUAAUAAACUUAACUUUAUGUAUACCUGUGUAAAACAAUCAAA